AGAUGCACAAUCUUCUCUUCUAGACAUCAAGUUUCAGUAUGCUGCUCAGGCUAACCUUAAGAUUCUGGAGUCAAGUCAUUCUCCUGCCUCAUCCUUCCAAGUAGUCAGGACUUGGACCUAGCUGUUGCAACAACUAUGGGUAAUGACUUAUCUAUAUUCUUUUUCUAAAACAUUCAGCAUUAAGUUUCAUAAAAAUAUUUUUCAUACAAGUUUAUCAUUGGAACAUACAAUUGUAAAAAUACAUAAUUAUAGUUUCACAAGUAAGUGGAAUAAAAAAAUUGAUAACAAACAACUUAGUAACCUAACUCAACAAGUUAACUGAGACAUGUAGGGUAUAUCUGAAUAAUCAAAUAACUGUUUUUAUUUUAUGUACAUUCCAGGCAUCAUCCGGUAUGAUUAAGUCUCAAUCUGGUUAUGAGUUAAAUAGAGGCUUGUCAGAAGAACUUCUUAAAUACAUAACAGAAGCAUAUAAACCAGCAUUGAGUUAGGCUGAAAGUAUUUAUUAACUUGUAAGAGACAUUUCCUGUUCGAAGCUGUGGAUCCUAUAUAUUUGUUACCAUUUGAAAAAGUGAAGAGAGUUAGGUGCCAUGAUUCACGGAGUCAUUCUGCAAAUUCAAACCCAGUAUCUGUCUCUUCUAUCCCAUUACACAUCAAGACUAGAAUAUAAACAAACAGACCAUUUCAUAGGGAAAACGGCACUAGAAAAGGAUUGAGUCUGUGUGUAAAUUUGGUAAGAGGCACAUCUUUAGAGCCUGGGGGCUUAGUGUGUAGCUGAGUCUUAAGGACUUUUUGGUGUUGAUGUUCCCAUUUUUCUGAGACAGGCCUUUGCUAUGUAGCCCUCAACUAUGUACCCCGAUUGGCCUGGAACUCCCAACUAGACAAGUUAGGCUUUGAAAUUAUGGUGAUCCUCCUGCCUGAGUGCUGAAAUUACAAAUGUGUACCAUCACAUGGGGCCUUAAAGCAUUUGCCAUGUGUAGAAGAGGCCUUUGGUUUAAUCCUCAGCACUGGGAAAAAAAACAGCUACUGGGCGGCUUGUUCACCCUUCUGACAUGGGGUCCUCGUGGUCGGGGAAUGCCGAGCUUCCUGGGUCUUCAUCCAUAGCUGCCCCCGCGAACCCACCCGCGAAAGCCUCCGCGCCGGCCUCCCUCGCACAGGACUCUGCUUUUAAAAACUGCUGGAGCUGUCACUUGCUUUCUGGGUCUGCGCUCUUGGGGGCGGGCACCUACGUCUACCUGCUGGCCAGGAGGCCCAUGAAGCAGGGAAUGCCGCCGAAUCCAGGCGCCAUAGCGCAGAUGGUCGUCGGCAUCAGUAUUGCCUGCUGGGGUGUAGUUGUCCUGGCAGACCCCAGAGGGAAGUCCUACCGAGUUGUUUGAAAGCACCAGCAGUUAACAGCUGCAAGGCAGAAAAAAACCAGCCUUGUGGUGGUGGAUAUUCUUAGCAGCCAUGGACAAGGAUGCACUUCAUUAUAGGACAUACUGAGAAGACUGUGACAACAUGAGCUGUCAUUCUUUGGCCAUGGAUGUUUAUGGUUUUCUCCCCUCAGGUUAUAAAGGGACAAAUAAAUCCCCUGGAAGCAAAAAUGUCUUGUCCAGGAAGGUUGUGUGUAAU